ACUUUUAGUUAUAACCCGUUCUUAUAUACGCGCAUUUCAGCUGUAAGAAGGGUUCCAUCACUGCAGCCCUUCUCACUCGUUUCUCUGGUCGUUUGCAUGAAAUCCCCCAACUUCCUUGAAAAGACCGUAAAAUGACACAGAGCGCAGUAAAGACUCAGUUCGAUCCUGAAAGAAUAUGCGACAAUUACGUUGUCGUCGACAACGUGCCCAUCAUCGACACCGAAAAAAAGGAGAAGCUCAAGAACUCGCUGAAGAAGCGCUUCUCCAAAUAUGGUGAGGUUCUGAACAUCGAAAUACCUUUCAAAGAAGAGGGUGGCAGCUUGGGAUUUUGUUUCAUUGAGUAUGCCAACCCGGACCAAGCCGAAGUAGCAGCUUUGAAAAUGGAUAAACAAAAAUUCGAUUCCAAACACACAUUUCGAGUCAAUAAAUGGUCGGAUUACCGAAAAAUAGAUCAACUUCCAGACGUAUAUCAGCCGCUCACUAUUCAAGAUUUGUGCAUCAAGGACGACUGCUACUCUUGGCUCUUGGAUCCAGCAAACAGCGACCAGUUUUUCACUCUUUAUGACAAUAUCGCCGAAAUUUUUGUGUAUCAAAACGGACAAAAACCGAUUUCGAUAAUGAGACGACAUGAUUUUACAGAGCUCUUCUUGGAGUGGUCUCCUGGGGGCAUUUACCUGGCGACUCUGCACUCGGCUGGCGUGUCGCUGUGGGGAGGCGCCAAAUUUGACCGAUUGGGGCGUUUCGAGCACCAGGGAGUAAAGGCCGUUCAGUUCAGUCCCAAGGAGAACUUUUUAUGCACCAUUAGUCCCAAGAAUCCGCCAGAGGAGUUCGUGUUUUGGGAUUUGUGCACCGGUUCAAAAAUAUGCAGUUUUCCGCGCAUCGCUUCGAAGACGUUCGUUAAUUUCAAAUGGUCCCACGACGACAAAUACGUGGCUCGUUUGAAAGACGGCCAGAUUCACGUCUACGACAGCAGUACCUUCAAGCUGCUGGAAAACGCUCCGAUCAAGGCGAUGACGCCGAUUGCGAGCUUUGAGUGGUCUCCGGCGAGCAACCAGCUAAUUUUUUACGUGCCGGAGUCUGGGAGCAAUCCCGCUCGUUUGACCCUCAUUCGCGUUCCCGACUUCAGAGAAGUUGCGCAGAAGAACAUAUUUGGCGUGACCAACUGCACCAUGCAUUGGCAGUCCCAUGGUGAGUAUUUGGCCGUCAAGGUAGACAUUGCCAAGUCUAAGAAAAGAAUCACCAACUCAUUUGAAAUUUUCCGGAUUAAGGAGAAAUCUAUACCGAUUGAGUCAAUGAAGUUCGACGACAUGGCUCUGUCUUUUUGUUGGGAGCCGAAUGGACAGCGUUUCGCCAUCAUUCACUCGCGCGAGAACUAUCAGAGGCCGAGCGUUUCUUUUUACACGAUGGAGUUCAACCAGAUCAAGCUCAUUUGCACGUUAGAGAAGCGACAGGUGAACGCGCUGUUCUGGUCUCCGAUGGGAGAGAUCGUCGUGCUUGCAAACCUGCCGAGCGGGACAUUGGAGUUUUACAACGUGGCGAGCAACGAGUCGAUUUGUCAGGAUUUGCACCACCCGAACGCGUCGCAUUGUGAGUGGAAUCCCACUGGGUGUUAUUUCGUGACAUAUUCGUCGUCUUGGGAGGAAAAAGGAGAGACCGGCUGGAUGAUGUGGUCGCCGACUGGCAAGGAACUUCACUCAGAGAUCAGAUCCGGCAGUCUUUACCAGUUUCGCUGGCGUCCGAGACCUCCGUCGCUGCUGACUAAGAAGGACGAAAAGUACAUUCAGGAAAACUGGGACAAGAUUUGCGAAGAAUUUAAGAAGGAGGACGAGGCCAAGCGUCGCAUGCUCGAGGAGAUUAACAUACAGCGUCGACAGGAGUUGAAGUCGGCGUUCGAGAGGAUGGCGGCCGCCUUGCAUAAGGAAUGGGUUGAGCAGACGCCCAUACGUCGAGAGUUGCGCGAUGGGUACCGCAGCGACGACGAGAGCGUCUGGUACGAGGUAGAAACCACGAAGGAGAUUGUAGAAGAGAAGUUUGAAUACAUAUAAAUCUCUGCCUAGACUAGCAGACUAAGAGAAUGCGCUUUAGAUACACAAGGUUUGUUGCAGUUGUUUCU